CUUUAUAUAAGCGCACCGAUCGAGCUUGGCCAUCUUCGUCCAGCUCCAAAGCAGCAGCGUCACAAGUCACUACUGCUCGACUCUAGUGAGCUGAGCUCUGCUUGCUGGCUUGGCACGCCAUGGGGAGGGCGACCAAAGGUGUAGGGGAUUUAGCGCUUCUGGGGCUGGCCGUCGCGGUGGUUCUCGCGGUGGCCGCGGAGGCGAGGUUGUUGGAGAAGCAUAACCUGUGCGGUGGGUGUGGGCUUGGUGGUGGUGAAGGCUACGGCGGCGGCGGUGGUCUUGGGCAUGGUGGAGGUCUUGGAGGUGGGUUUGGAGGAGGGAAAGGCGGUGGGUUCGGUGGGGGUGCAGGUGGUGGAGGCGGUCUCGGUGGUGGAGGCGGAUUAGGUGGUGGUGGUGGUGAAGGGGGAGGUGGAGGGCUUGGUGGUGGCGCAGGAGGCGGUGCUGGUGGUGGCGCAGGAGGCGGUGCUGGUGGAGGCGGUGGAGCCGGUGGAGGUCUUGGCGGUGGUGCAGGCGGAGGCGGAGGGUUGGGUGGUGGUUCUGGAGGUGGAGUAGGUGGUGGUGUCGGUGGAGGUGGAGGUCUCGGAGGUGGUGCCGGUGGAGGUGGUGGACUCGGCGGUGGAGGAGGAGCUGGGGCUGGUGGCGGCACCGGCGGUGGAUACGGUGGAGGCGCCGGUGCGGGAGGUGGUGCCGGAGGUGGCUAUGGUGGAGGAGCCGGUGGUGGAACUGGCGGCGGAUACGGUGGAGGCGCCGGUGAUGGAGGUGGCACCGGAGGCGGCUAUGGUGGAGGAGCCGGUGGUGGUACUGGCGGCGGAUACGGUAGAGGUGCUGGUGCCGGAGGUGGCACUGGUGGCGGCUAUGGUGGAGGAGCUGGUGGUGGUGCCGGUGGUGGUUACGGUGAAGGUGCUGGUGGUGGCGCCGGUGGAGGCUACGGUGGCGGAGCUGGCGCUGGUGGUGGUCUCGGCUCUGGCGGUGGUGGAGGUUAUGGAGGUGGUGCCGGAGGUGGCAUCGGCGGCGGGCUGUAAGUCUUCCGGUCUUUGAGAUGCAAGGGAGUGCAUGCAAAUGCAUCACGCACACGCUUGAUUGUCAUGUGCGGAGUCAAGCAUGUGUUCUAUAGCUAUACUGCGAUUAUACUCUUAUUGCGUAAGUACCGCAAUCAACAGAAGAAUAAUAUGGCAAGACCUUCAGUCAGUGAUAAUUUUAUGAUGGUGGUGUAUAUGGUAUAUAUACUUUCAGUGGCAAAGUUGAACGGUUUUAAUUGUAUCUUGUAUUCUGGUGAAAUAAACAGAUUAUGAGCUA